AGCUACCCAAACAAUCCAUUUCCAACCUAUUUGAUCCACUCAUCUUCUCCCUCUGUUCAACUCUCCCGCUUGUUUGCCACGCGUUCUUGAAUUUCCCCAAUUUUCUAAUUGAAAUCUAUUAUUUCUUUCUUUGUAGUUUCGUGCAUUUUUUUUUGUUUGCUGGUAUUAACUGGGUUUAUCUCAAUUUUUUGGAUCGAUGGUUAAAUUUAUUGCGAAAUCCAUCAAUUUUCUACAUUUGAAAUCCAGAGAACAAAUCAGCGUUUCGGAUUAUUGUUUGAGUUGCGCCCUUAAUUCAUGGCAAGAUUUGCACGACUUCGGCUCAAUUGGAGCUUCCGGGUCUAAACGGGGUAACAGUUUGGCAUUUUUUGAAGGUUGUUGUUGUUGAAUCCAAUCGUACAGAGAAUGAUUGGGAUGGGAUCAUGGAGGGCGUAUCUGGGUGGUUGUGAAAUUCAGGAAAGACAGGAGCUUUGAGGUUUAAUUUUGUUUGAUUUUAGGUUUUAAUGGGGAACACAUGCGCAGGGCCGAAAUCGGGGAACAAUGGGUUCUUGCAAUCCGUUUCCGCGGCGGUUUGGAAACCCAAUGAACCCCUCGAUGGCGAUGGCGAUGGCGAUUGCGAUUCUUCCGGAACCACCGCCCCCGCGCCGCUGAAAAUCGCCGGCGAGGACAAUAAGCGUAUGAAGAAAGUGGCGAGUGCUGGGCUUCAAGUCGAAUCGGUUCUAGGGCGAAAAGCGGCGAAUAUAAAGGACACCUACGUUAUAGGGAGGAAGCUGGGGCAAGGGCAAUUUGGGACAACAUUUCUGUGUAUGGAGAAGGCCACUAAGAAGGAGUUUGCCUGCAAAACCAUUGCCAAGAGGAAGCUAACCACUGAGGAGGAUGUGGAGGAUGUUAGGAGGGAGCUUCAUAUAAUGCACCACUUGGCAGACCAUCCCAAUGUGAUACAAAUCAUGGGAGCUUAUGAAGAUGCUGUUGCAGUUCAUCUUGUGAUGGAGGUUUGUUCGGGUGGAGAGCUUUUUGAGAGGAUUAUACAGAGAGGGCAUUAUACAGAGAGGAAGGCUGCUCAGCUUGCUAGGGUAAUUAUAGGUGUUGUAGAAGCAUGCCAUUCUUUAGGAGUUAUGCAUAGGGACUUGAAGCCUGAGAACUUUCUUUUUAUCAGUGGGGGAGAGGAGGCGCCACUCAAGACCAUUGAUUUUGGCCUCUCAGUGUUCUUCAAGCCAGGCGAAAUAUUCACUGAAAUAGUUGGGAGCCCUUAUUAUGUAGCCCCAGAGGUCUUGCGGAAGCAAUACGGGCAAGCUUGUGAUAUUUGGAGUGCUGGAGUUAUUAUUUAUAUUUUGCUAAGCGGGGUGCCACCAUUUUGGGAUGAAACGGAGCAAGGAAUAUUUGAACAGGUUUUGAAAGGGGAUCUGGAUUUUGUAUCUGAACCUUGGCCAAGUAUAUCAGAUAGUGCAAAAGACCUUGUCAAAAGAAUGCUAAUUAGAGACCCCAAAAGGCGCCCAACAGCCCAUGAAAUCCUUUGCCACCCUUGGGUGCGAGUUGGCGGUGUAGCUCCAGAUAAACCUCUAGAUUCUGCUGUUCUGAGUCGACUCAAGCAAUUUUCUGCGAUGAACAAACUGAAAAAGAUAGCCGUCAGGGUUAUUGCCGAGACUCUAUCUGAAGAGGAAAUAGCAGGACUGAAGGAAAUGUUCAAAAUGAUAGACACAGACAACAGUGGACAAAUUACGCUCGAGGAGCUUAAAAAGGGCUUGGAAAGAGCAGGCGCCAAUUUGAAGGACUCGGAAAUAUAUAGUUUACUGCAAGCUGCAGAUACUGACAACAGUGGUACCAUUGACUAUGGAGAAUUCAUAGCAGCCAUGCUCCAUCUGAGCAAAAUCCAGAAAGAGGAUCACAUGUUUACUGCGUUUUCCUAUUUUGACAAAGAUGGAAGUGGAUACAUUACACAAGACGAGCUUCAACAAGCGUGCGAAAAGUUUGGUUUGAGCGACGCCCCCAUUGAAGAAAUUUUAAACGAAGUUGAUCAGGAUCACGAUGGGCGCAUAGAUUAUAGCGAGUUUGUAGCCAUGAUGCGAGAUACAGGUUAUGCUGCGAAGGGAUUACCGAAUAGUGUACAACAGCCGGCUUUGCCCCGGAUAAAAACAUCAUAGUUUGUCUUAACUAUACUGAUGUUAAUGUAAGUGAGCAGCAGGAUAUAUAUAUAUUUUCACUGCAGCUUAUGUUUGUAAAGAUUAGGCUAGUACAGUCAGGCAUCUUGGAGAAGGGUAGAUUGUUGUUCCUUAUAGUGUUCCCACUUCUGUAACUGCAAUUCAUUUAACAAGCUGUUUCUCUAUCUAGGGAUUGUUUUCAUAAAUUAUUGUAACAACAUUUUUUUUUUUUGGUUGGUUUUGUAUCCUACUUGAAUUCUAAUAUCUCAUUAAUUGAGUGCUUUGGUUGUUCUUA